CUCGGUGCAGCUCAGACUAGGUUCCAUGCCCGCGUGUCUUUUCGUCACAACGGCCCAGGAGCCCCCCCGCACACGAUGCCGCCGCAGACGCCCGCCGCCGCCACCGAGAAGGCCCUGUCCUGGCUGAGCCCCGACUUCAUGUCGGCGGUGGUGGGCGCCCCGGUGCGCCAGGUCGACGCCAACGCCCUCGGUUCGGGGGACAACUUCGCCAGCGCCAUGGUCCGCGUCAGGGUGACGACCGACGGCGGCGAGGACAAGCGCCUCAUCGUCAAGCAACUGCCGACGGCCCGCGUGGAGGACUUCUUCCCCAUCGAGAAGGCCUUCAACCAGGAGGGCCACGUGUACGCCGACAUCCUGCCGCGCAUGCAGGGGCUGCUGGACGCCAUCGGCAAGGGCAGCCCGCCGCUGGCGCCCAGGAUGCUGCACCGAGCGGUCGACCCCGACCCACUGCUCAUCUUCGAGGACGUCUCCGUGGAGGGCUUCCGCAUGGCGCCCCGAGACCAGGGCCUCGACGAGGAUCACCUGCGUCUGGUGCUGCGCAGCCUGGCGCGCUGGCACGCGGCCGGCGCCGUGGUGCUGGACGAGCGGCCCGAGCUGUUCGAGGACACGCUGCGCAUGGUGUGCGCGGAGCACGCCCUCCUCAUCGACGGCAUGAUGGUCAGUAUACCCUUGCCCAACGUCCGUGCCGCCCGAGCCCGAGGGGUCCUAACCAAUGUAGUGCACCCCCCAAAAAAACAAUUCAGGAAAAAAAUAAGAAAAAAUAUCAAGGCAAAAUAAAUAAAAGU